CUGUCAAAGUCGCGAACUUCAAAUUUAAACGUCAAAAAAGAACCUUGCUGUACAGAAAGGUCGUUUAAAUUAAUUUUUCAAAAAUCUAUUAGACAACAGCAAAAAUGGCUUCAUUGACGAAAAAAUUAGUUGAACAACUAAAAUCUAAAGAAUUCAGGACUUACUUAAUGAGUACACAUUUUUGGGGGCCCGUAGCAAAUUGGGGUAUACCGAUAGCAGCAAUUUCAGAUUUUAGAAAGGAUCCUAAGUUUAUAAGUCCCACAAUGACAGUAGCUUUAUGUUUGUAUUCAGCCAUUUUCAUGAGGUUCGCUUGGAAAGUUCAACCCCAAAACAUGUUGCUCUUCGCCUGCCACUUUACAAACGAAGGAGCUCAACUAGUACAAUUAACAAGAAGCAUAAACUACAAAUUAAGUGGUGCAGCUAGUGAAGAAAAAAAUCAAGAUAAACAAGGACCACCAAAAAAGUAGUAAUAUGAAAACUGAUAUUAGUAAAUUUUAUGAAAAAUGUGAUCUGAAAUAGUGUACAAUUCCUUUUAAAAAGGUAAAGUAGUUGCAUAUUUGAAUCAUAUACAGUCCGUACAGUAUAAAUACUGUUGCAUGUCAUUACCUACGUUAGAGGUCUAAGUUGACUUUGUUGUCAAAUUACAAAAAAUUCCUGAAUUCAUUUUAAAUCAGAUAUAUGUAAUUGCAGAAGUGGAUUAUACAACAAAACAAAUUAGAUAAUAUUCAAUGUAAGUAAAUAAAAACGUUAAAAAUAGAAAACAAGAAUUAAGUAAUAAUCUUAGAUUAAAUAAAUAAUAAAAACAAUAAAUGUAAUAAAACAAAUACUUAUAUUAAAUAAUAAAACAAAUCUGAAGUGUCAACACUGCAACUGUUAAAUAAGUGUUAAAAAUUGAUGCCAAAAUAUCACUUUUAUUUGAUCACGGUUACAGUGGUGUUCCGAACAAAUGUGCUUCAUAAAAAAGCUUUAUAAUCCAUUUAUACAAAUUAAAUGAAACUGUGUAUUUCUUUAAGUUUACAUAAAUAGAAAUAUUCAAAUAUUAUUUCUACACGUAUUUAAUAAAAUAUGUCUAGUGGCUGUAAUUCAAGUGUACUCAGCUAAACAAUUCUAAAAAGGAACAGACCUACCACUUAAAUAUUUCGUAUUGGUAUCAUGUGCCGUCACUUGCUAGGACGCGGAUGACGUGCAACAGUUAGUACUUAUAAUGUAUGGACCAUAAAUGGGUUAAAAGUUAAUUUAAACAAAAAAGACACAUUGUAGCUUCAAUUACAUUGAAUAAAAUCUUCAAGGAACAAAUGCAAUAAAUAGUACAUUAGCUGUGUUAUAGACUGACUAAAACAUCUAUUAGAUUAUAGCAUAUAAGUAUCAUGACAUUGGUUGCGUGAGUCAACGAUUGAGCAAUUUGUAUGUUUGGUAGAAUAUGAAUCUUGCCAUCCACCUUGUGAUAUGAUGUUUUGGUUGCUCUAAAUGGAAAUAAACUUAACAAAAUUCUAGAUUUGCAAACUAAAGAUGAACCAAGUUACUUUAUUUUAAUAAAUAUCUUAUUUAUAAAAACUCGUAUUUAGUUUUUAAACAAAUUUAUUUAUGUAAAUAUAACUUCUAACAUAACAAGCUAGUCAAUACACUUUACUGUUUUUUCCUCUUUCAUCUCUACAACUUCAUAUACAGAUUCCACAUGUUGUUGAAGAUUGACAAAUUCAUAGCUAAAAUGGUUGUUAAACCUGAUGUUCUAAAUAGCAGUCUUGGUUAACCACCAUCGAUAAAUAAUUCAGCAGGUAUAUUUGUUUUUUUUUUUAGAUAUUUUUGCUUAAGAAUAUUAUCAUUAUCAGCAUCAUAGUAAUUAACAUCAUAGAUGUGUUGUGGAUUAUCAUUGAGCUUCAGCAACUUGGAUUAUUUGAUUAAUGAUAUUUUUCCACCGGUCGCUGGCACCUGUUACAUGUCCUGCCUCAGUAUACUGUUUGUUGAGAAGCUUUUUAGUAAUGUCUGCCCAUCGCUGUGUAGAUCUCCCGCGUUGGAGUUAACUCUGAGGCCUUUCUUGGACCACCAAUCGCCCCAUUUUAUGAUCGCUUCGAUAGUUAUGAACAAAGAACUUUAAACGUCUACAGUAAACAGUACUAGAGACACGUUGAUUGGGUUUAAUUUAAUUUAGAACCGAGACAUUUGUGUGGCAAGUUGUCCAUGGAAUUCGAAUCAGUCAUCUCCAUGUCCACAUUUUUAAAGCACUAUGCGUCGUCUAUCUAAUUCUUUGCUAAUUGUAGGCGUCUUCGAAUUUCUGAUUCACAACUGCCUGUGUUGUUAACUAGAUCUCUAAAAUAUAUAGAAGAGACUACCUUGCACACCGCAAUAGUUCGGGUUUCAGGAAAGUGUUGCUGGCGAUUAAUAAUCUUGAUUUUGUUUUUGUCAUAUUUAAUCAUCAGUCCAAACUUACCACUUUCUACCUCGAUUUUUUUUUAAUAAGGUAGUAAUUUCUUCUGGAGUAGAGGCUAGAAGUGUAGUGUUGUGUGCGAAAUGCACACAAGUUAGUUAUCGUAACACCCCUAGGUUUACUCUUCUCUCCAGACAUACAAAACUGCGCAUUAUAAGCUCUGUAUAGAUUUUAAAUAAUACGUGAGAUAAACAUCCUUUACAAUUAUCAUUAUAAGUAGCACAAAAACCCGUUGUGGGUCUUUGAUUUGGUAGUAUCCUUUUGAAGGUUGACACUACUGAAAUGCCAUAUGGAUAAAUCAUUAGAGUCGCCAUUUCAUGGUUAAGCCCGGGACUUAUUGACCGGUGCGGCGUAAUAGUCACGGAAAAAGUCUGGCGAUGUCCUGAGAAAAACUUAUAUUUCCCUGGACUUAUGAUUUGAGUUAAGUAACUGAAAGAUCAUGUUCGUUAUGUUAGCUGUUUGUUCCAUAAUUUAAAAAUAAAAUAGCCAACAUAAAAACAGCCAGGUGAGAAAAGACAAGGCUACAUCUUUAGUAAUAUUGCCGUGAAGCGGUUGAUGGGAAAACUUUUUGAGAAGUCUCUGGUCGGUGUCUACACGUUCGUUAGAGCGGUAUAAAAAUAAUCUGCGGUGUGCGGUGGUUUUUCACAGCCAGCGUGUACCGUGUACGAUACUAUUGUGAAGUUCUAGAACACUUCUUGCUUAUGUUAGGCAAAAAAGACAUGUUCCUUUCCCAUAUCUAAAGUUUCACAUUGAAAUAUUAUUUAGACCCUUACUAAUCUUCUUCUUCUUUAAGUGCCAUCUCCGCGGCGGAGGUCGGCAAUCAUCAUAGCUAUUCGUAUUUUAGAGAUGGCUGCUCUGAAAAGUUCAUUUGAUGUACAUCCGUACCACUCUCUCAGGUUGCGCAGCCACGAUAUUCUGCUUCGCCCUAUGCUUCUCUUUCCUUGAAUCUUUCCCUGCAUAAUCAAUUGGAGCAAGCUGUAUCUCUCUCCACGUGAAAUAUGUCCGAGAUAUUCCAAUUUUCUUGUUUUGAUGGUAUUUAGGAUUUCCAUUUCUUUAUUCAUCCUUCUCAGAACCUCUUUGUUUGUAACGUGUUCUGUCCACGAUAUUUUCAGAAUUCUUCUGUACACCCACAGCUCGAAUGAUUCUAGUUUUUUCAUUGAUGCAGCAUUCAAGGUCCAAGCUUCCAUUCCAUAAAACAGAGUCGAGAAAACGUAGCACCUAGCCAACCUAACUCUUAGCUCCAACUUCAAAUCUCUUGUGCAGAGCACUUUCCUCAUUUUGUUAAAAUUUGCUCUAGGCUUUUCUAUCCUGAUUUUGAUUUCCUGUAAGUAAUCUCCUGUGGAGUUGAUCAUUGUUCCAAGGUAUGCAUAUUGAUCGACUCGUUCGAUAUUGGAUCCGUUGAUGACGAGAUUUUCGUUAUUUCUUUGAGUUUUCGAUAUUCUCAUAAACUUUGUCUUCUUGACAUUCAUUGUUAGCCCAUAUUCUUCUCCAAACUCUGCUAUUCUGGUCACCAGCCUCUGAAGAUCCCCAAUAUUUUCAGCUAAGAUGACAGUGUCAUCCGCAUAUCUAAUGUUGUUAAUGGGAACUCCAUUUACCUUUAUUCCAGCUGUUUCAACAUCCAGAGCUUUUUUCAAGAUCUCUUCCGAGUAGGCAUUAAAAAGAACCGGCGACAACACGCAUCCCUGUCUCACUCCACGUCUGAUUUCAAUUUCCUCCGACAGCUGAUCGUUAACACGUACUUUUGCUCGUUGCUUAUAGUAUAAAUUCGAUAUAAUCCUGAGGUCAUUGUAGUCCAGCUUCCUUGAUUCCAGAACAUGCAUUAAUUGUUCAUGUCGUACUUUGUCAAAUGCUUUAUUAUAGUCAAUAAAACACGCAUAUAUAUAUAUAUAUAUAUAUAUAUAUAUAUAUAUAUAUAUAUAUAUAUAUAUAUAUAUAUAUAUAUCUUGAUUGACGUCCAGGCACCUUUGUAUAAGUAUGUUAAGUGAAAAAAGAGCUUCACGAGUUCCCAGGCCUUUACGAAACCCAAAUUGCGUAUUAUUAAUGUCUAUGUCUAGUUUAUGAUAUAUUCGGUUAUGGAUGACUUUCAGUAGCAACUUUAGCACAUGGGACAUCAAACUAAUGGUGCGGUAGUCGCCGCAUUCUCGUGCGUUUUUCUUUUUAGGGAGGCAAAUAAAGAUCGACGUCAACCAUUCUUUGGGUAAUGUGCCUGAGCUAUAAAUUUUGUUCAAGAGUACCACUAAAAUAUCAAUAUGCUGCUCAUCUAUAAUUUUUAAAAGGUCGAUAGGAAGCAUGUCAGGUCCUGGGCUUUUUCUGUUCUUCAUUGUUUUUAACGCAUGUAUUAUUUCUUCCGUUGUAAUAUAUGGACCUAUUUCUCCUGAAGUAAGUUCUAUGUGUUCCAGGUACCCUCUUUCAUCAUCGAACAGUUCAGCGAUGUAUUCUGCCCAACGUUGUACUUUCUCAUCGGUCUCUGUUAUAGCGACCCCGUGUCUAUCCAGAAGUGCACCAGUUAGAUUUUGCUUUCUUAGUCCAGCCAUUUCUUUGACUUUCUUAUGUAGGUUAAAUAGAUCGUAUCUUUUUUGGAGAUCCUCGAUCUCUUUGCAUUUCUCUUCAAAGUGUUUUUCUUUUGCCUGCUUUAUCAUCUUCCUUAUCUCGUGGUUAAUCUCCCUGUAUUUAUUGUCAUUUUUGUUCUUACAUUGUCUCCGUUGUUCCAUCAUAUUCAGUAUCUCGUCAUUCAUCCAUUCCUCUUUUCUCCUUGUGGAAGUCUUUAGUAUAUCUUUACAAGGUUCUAGUAUGCAAUGUUUUAGUUGCUCCCAGUUGCUACACCUUACUAAUAUUGAGCUACAAAUUCAGAUUAAUGUUAUUUAUUGAUGAAUUUGUUAAACAAAUUCAACAAAUUUUCCUCAUAUAUUAGUUUUUUCGCUACCGUUAAGUUUAACAGGAAAGCGCUGUUGCCAAAUAAAAAACAUAUAUGUAUUUACCAAAGCAGCCACCGGCUAAACUUUUUCUCUUUGUCUUUAAAUGUUCGAAACAAAAAAAACUAUCUGUAAUAUAAAUGUCAAAGCCAUGUUCCCCUAUAGAAGGUUAUGUAAGAUUUUUGUUUGUUUAUUUUUUUUCCUUUUCUUUUAUGGCCUUUGGGAGCUGUGCUCAUUUAGCCAGUAAUAUUUCUUAAAAUUAAUUCCUAACUAAACCUACCAUACAACAAGACUAUUAUUACGAACCUAAUCGACCAAUCAAGGAUAGGGAAGAGAAACUGAAGUUCUCUCUGAACUAAAUAAAUAAAAUAUAAUUUGAAAACAACAAUUUGACAAUAUAUUUAACCUCCAAUAUUAUGACAGUCGUCAGUUACCAUUUACCAUCACACCAAAUAUAUCUAAUAAUGUCUCCACUCCACUACUUCUAGCCAACGAAAUGCUCGCUCUAAUAGGUAUGGCAUGUCAAGAAAAUCAGAUUAUUCCCUAUAUAUUUUUUCAAAUUUAAAAUACGGCAACAAGGGGAAAAUUGCGUGCGAGCCUAUAUAUUUCUUAAAAUUAAUUCCUAACUAAACCUACCAUACAACAAGACUAUUAUUACGAACCUAAUCGACGAAUCAAGGAUAGGGAAGAGAAACUGAAGUUCUCUCUGAACUAAAUAAAUAAAAUAUAAUUUGAAAACAACAAUUUGACAUUAUAUUUAACCUCCAAUAUUAUGACAGUCGUCAGUUACCAUUUACCAUCUCACCAAAUAUAUCUAAUAAUGGAUUAGAUAUCCAAGAAAAUCGGAUUAUUCCCUAUAUAUUUUUUCCAAUUUAAAAUAUGGCAACAAGGGGAAAAUUGCGUGCGAGCCUUAUUGUUUGACUUCGACCAUACUUUAAUUAAAACGCCUAAAACACAACUUUUGUGAGGACAAAAUUAGCAAUAUUCUAGAUAUUAAAACUAGCUUAUUUUAUUCUUCGCACAAAGCUAAACAACGGUUUUAUGAAAAUUAUGCUAGGGGACCAUUUUAUCCGAUUUUCCCCUAUCACGUGGCCGGUGCUUACUAUACUAUUGUGAAGUUCUAGAACAGUUCUUGCUUAUGUUAGGCAAAAAAGACAUGUUCCUUUCUCUUAUCUAAAGUUUCACAUUGAAAUAUUAACUAUACCCUUAUUAAUAUUGAGCUACAAAUUCAUAUUAAUGAUAUUUAUUGACGAAUAUGCAGCUACUAACAAAUCAAAUAAACUCAGUGAAUUGGCCACGUUAGUGGUGUAUUAUACCGCCAUUUCUUAUGGAGACCAAACAGCAAAUUGUAUAUGCUCGUAAACUAAAAGUCAAACAAUUAGGAAUUCGCAUCAUAGAUUUAAUGACAUCAUAACCCCCCGGUACAAACUUGAAGACAGACAAAUUCAACAAUUUUUUCCUCAUAUAUUAGUUUUUUCGCUACCGUCAAGUUUCGUCAAAGUAUCCGAAGUAAGAAAUUAAUAUUUCAUUAAUAGAACGUUAAAAUGAUUAGCAAAAUCUUUAAAAAAUUGAUUACAAUUUAAUUACUUUUUUGCAUUGUAAAUAUUAAGCGAUAACAAUUACAUAAUACAUUUAAAAAUUACCGGUGAAAGUUGCAUUAGUAAUCCGCUAGGAGCGACACCAGCGAAGCUCAGAGCGUAUACUAUAAAUGUCAAACUGACAUUGUCCUAUAGAAGGUUAUGUAAGAUCUUUGUUUGUUUAUUUUUUUCUUCUUUUAUGGCCUUUGGGAGCAGUGUCCAUUUAGCCAGCAACAUUUCUUAAAUUAACGCCUAAACUACCAGUGAAAGUGAAGUUGGUUAAAAUAUAAACUAAGUAAAUAAAAUAUAAUUUGAAAACAAUAAUUUGACAUUAUAUUUAACAUUCAAUUCCAAUAUUAGGUAUGACGGACGGCUGUUACCAUUUACGAUCUCACCAAAUAUGAUAUGAAAUGCUCGCUGCAAUAGGAAUAUGCCAUGUAAAAAAUAUCUAAUUAUUCCCUAUAUAUUUUUUCAAAUUUAGAAUAUGGCAACAAGGGAAACAUUACGUGCAUUCCUUAUUGUUUGACUUUUCUUUUAGUAGAGCUAUCUUUACAAGAAGAUGGCAACGCAAUGUGGCCUAUAGUAGUUUUUAAAUUGUGACGUAGGUAAAUUAUGUAGUUUUUAGAUAUAUCUACCUUUAAGGUAAACAAUAUAUACGUAGUAUUUAUAUUAAAAGGUAGUACACUGCCAGCUCAAAUAUCUGUAUCUACGCCGUGCCUAAAUUGACGGUAGAUAUAGUCAUCUUCCAUUUUUUGUAAAUACUUUUACUGUUGAUCUAUUAUGAAAUAUAUUUUAUUUUUAUUUUA